AGGGCAGCUCGCGCGGUUCUGAAACUUAGCGCUCCCGUGGUAGGAUUCGCCAUUUUGAAUUGAAGAAUAUGACUUUUUCUUGCUUGCAUGUGAAGCUCGGAGUCCGUCGAUAGUUUUGUGAUUUGUUUUAGUCAGGAGUGUGAUGGAGUGCGUCAUGCAUGCUGCCUGGGAGAGAUAAGUUUUGCGGCUGGUACAGAGUCUGUGGAACGGAGUUAGCGCCAGUGAACUGCUGCUUUAUAGCUUCACAAGCAAAACAGAUCCUCUGUGUGUGUGUGUGUGUGUGUGUGUGUGUGUGUGUGUGUGUGUGUGUGUGUGAGAGAGAGAGAGAGAGAGAGAGAGCAGUUAAACUCCGCGCUGAGCCCGAGGGUUCCUCUAAGGUAAUUGUGUUCUGAGGAGGCUCUGCUGGGAAGCGGACUCCAUGCUGAUUACUGCUAGUUCGCUCCAUGCCCUCUGCUGUCUGCCACUCCAAUGCCUGUCUACUUGUGGAGAAGGUGUAAUUAAGGAUUCACUCAUUUCAUCUGCUGCUGCCUACACUCUUUGUCCAGGCACGUGCUUCCUCUUGCAGCCGUUGCCAUGUUCUGGAAGUUUGACCUGCACACCACCUCCCACAUCGACCAGCUGCUUGAUCGGGAGGAUGUAACUCUGAAGGAGCUGAUGGAGGAGGAAGACCUGCUGCAGGAGUGCAAGGCACAGAACCACAGACUCCUGCUCUUUCUCUCACAGGACCACUGCAUGCAUGAGCUGGUCGGCCUCAUCACAGAGGAACCCUCUUUUGACCUGGAGGAGAAAAUACGCUUCAAACUUCCGAACAUUGCCUGCGAUCUCCUCACCUCUGAUGUGAACACCAUUAAUGACAAGCUGGGUGGAGAUGUAUCUUUGCUGGAGAAGCUCUACAGCUUUCUAGAACAGGAUCCUCCUCUCAACCCCCUGCUGGCCUCCUUCUUCAGCAAGACCAUCGGUAACCUGAUAGCACGCAAAACAGAGCAAAUGAUCUCGUUCCUGAGGAAAAAACACAACUUCAUCAGCCUGGUGUUGAACCACAUAGAUGUAUCCCCCAUGAUGGAUCUGCUCCUGCGUCUCAUCAGCUGUGUGGAACCAGCUCCCCUCAGACAGGAGGUUCUCAAUUGGCUGAAUGAGGAGCGACUGAUCCAGAGGCUGACUGAGCUCAUGCACACAGGGAGAGAUGAGGAGAGACAAUCAAAUGCGUCCCAGACUCUCUGUGACAUUAUUCGUCUAAGUCGAGAUCAGGCCAAUCAGAUCCCAGAGGCCAUGGAACCAGACCCAUUACUGGCAGUCCUGGAGUCAGAAGAGAAUGUGGCGCAACUUUUAAAGAGCAUGUUUGAGAAGAUGACCAGUGAAGCCUCUAUUGUCAAUGGAACUCAAGUGCUUCUGACAUUACUGGAGUCAAGGAGGACAGGGCUGGAGGGUCUAAUGGAGCUGUAUUCUCAGGGAUGUGAAAGGUCUUACACUGUCAACAGCAGUAUUCUACGUACUAUUGAGCCUCAUCUAAAGGACUUCCAACAACUUCUACUGGACCCUCCUAAGAAAAGUGCAAUACUCACAACUGUUGGUGUUCUGGAGCAGCCGUUGGGGAACACACGCCUUCAUGUGGCCAGGCUGGUGGCCUCUCUGCUGCAGACAAGCGACAACAGCAUCUGGCAAGAGCUCUGUAGGCUUAACACCAUGGAUCUUCUGCUGGAUUUAUUCUUUAAAUACACCUGGAAUAACUUCUUGCACUUUCAAGUAGAGAUGUGUGUGACAUCGAUUCUGAACCACUCAGCUCACAUGGGUCUGCAUGCUUCGAUUCUCCAGAACCACGAAGACAAGCCUGACUCAGACGGCCAGAAUAGCAACACAGACGCACCACACGCGCCCACCCGUGCUGCCUUGGUGGCCAAUCUCUUCCAACAGUGUCGCCUGGUGCAAAGGAUUCUGGACGCCUGGGAGGAGAAUGACAGAAUUCAAGCUGAGGGUGGGACCAGGAGAGGUAACAUGGGUCAUCUGACUAGAAUCGCCAACACUGUGGUACAGAACCUGGAGAAAGGACAUGUCCAGUCUCAAAUUAGUGAUCUCAUCAAAGAGCUCCCUGAGGACUGUAGAGGGCGUUGGGAGAGUUUUGUGGGAGAAACCCUUAGAGAAACAAACAGGAGAAACACAGUAGACUUGGUCAGCACACACAACCUGCAUUCUUCUAGUGAAGAUGAUGACAUGGAGAGCCCUUUCCCCAAUGAUCUGUCUAUCCAACAGGCAUUCUCUGAUUAUCAGAUUCAGCAGAUGACCGCUAACUUUGUAGAUCAGUUUGGCUUCAAUGAUGAGGAAUUCAGUGAACAUGAUGAAAAUAUCAAUGCUACUUUUGAUCGAAUUGCUGAGAUUAACUUCAGUAUUGAUGCAGAUGAUAAUAGUGCCAGUGCUGCUGCCUUUGAGGCUUGCUGUAAAGAGAGAAUACAGCAGUUUGAUGACUGUGAAGAAGAAGAAGACAUUUGGGAGGAUAAAGAGAUCAGCUAUGCAACUCGAGUGAAAUCCCGAUCUAGGUUUGGUGUGUCUUUAUCUUCAGGAAGCUCACCUAAAGGUUCUGUGAGGAACGGGAAGCCAGGCCGCGGGUCGGCCAAAGAGGACGAAGAUGAGGAAGGGGAGAGUCAGUUCUCUACUCAAGCAGCAACCAGCACAAAAUACCCCACACCACAGACUCCACCAAGUCCUGUGUGCACAGCUGAUUGCGAUGAAACGAAGGACACUGCUUGGGGCUCCGCCUCCAACCAGGCCAACGAGGACCAUCAUGGUACAGGAUGGCCCAAUUUCACAGAGUUUCAGCCUUUCUGCAGCAGCUCCAGUAACUCUGAGAAGCACUCAGAAAAGAAAGUCUCAGACUGCAGCUCUUCUGUAGGCUCUGGCAUCAAAGAGGAUCUGGGAAAUGACGAGGAUGCAUUCAAAUCAGCAGGCAACCGACAAGAAGCAGCAGCAGCUCAGACGUACAGUGAUGCACCUGAUGAGGCAUUGGAGAAGCUCACUAUUUCAGACACAGCAGCACCUUCAGAGUCCCAGACAGCCACACCCAAUUCAGAAAACACCACUGUGACAGACAAGAGAUUUGAUGCACCCUCUGAAACCACACCCAACGGACCGAUCUGAAGGUGUUUGAAGUGAAGCCAGACAAAAACCCAUUUGAACCCACUUUUUGCCACUUCUGUUCUAACUCUGGAAAAACUACCACUUUUGGUGUUAAAGUGAAAAUGCUGCCAAGUAGUUGAACAUGGAUUCUGCCAAUCAGCAUGUACCACUGAAGGAAGAGGGAUGUGUAGCACACACCCAGUACCAGAACAGUGCUCACAGGAGCUUUUAUUUCUUUCAACUUUGUAUGAAAUUUGCUGUUUUUAAUGUAGCAGUUAUGGGGUUUUUUUUUCAGUUCCAAGAUCAUUAAGCAUUCUAUGUUUCUUUGUUUAAGUUCCCAUCUUUUAAUUCAUUAUUUCCAUCCAGCCCAACCACAGAAACAGAUAUAUGAAGGGUGUUGUAGGAAAUCACGGGAUAUUGAAUCAUUAUAUAACGAUGCCUCACCCUUAUCUUCAGUUAAAUUAAAUUGUUGUUAAUAUGUACUUAUGCAAGCCUUCAGUGUGUAUUUAAACAGAUCACACAGAUUGUUACAGAUAGUUUUCUGAUAUCUGUAAUAACUUUCCUACGCCUCUUCUCCACAAUAAAACACAUGCAUAUAAAUUUAA